GCCUGUCGCAACUGAAAGCAAGGAUGCAGACAGCAAGGCGGACAAAGCGGGAAAAGAAGGUGCAUAUGAAGGUGAAGGAGACUCAGGUGGAAGAAGAUGAAAGUAAACAGAGGCAUUGCGUGGUGCUUUGGAAGGAGGUGAAGUGGGAUCGAUUGGAGGAAAGUUUACCCUGGAGCAAAGCGGAGCAACAUGCUACGUCCAAGGGUGGCCGGCUCCUAAGCUUUGAAGAAGCCAAGAAGUUCUUACGGAAGCACGGGCCCAUCUAUCCGGGAGAAAAUCAUUGGGCUGCGGUCGGCAAACAGAAGGACCGGAAACGCGACUUUGUGCAGAUCGGAGAUCAGAACCACUCCGCCGGCAAAUCCCAGGUCCGCGACUUCAAGCAGUUUCCUUGGUGGGGCGACAGCGACAGCGGCAAGAUUCCCUGGAUGAAUGUGGUGCUUUGGAGCGGGGGGGGUGGAGAUAG